GGGGGAGAAGAGACUUCCAGAAGCAGUUCAAGGAAAGAAUUACUGUACCGCGCUAUAUCUGAAGUCAACAACCAUGGCACAUUUGGCUUGAGCUUUCUACAGAAUGACAGUUGCCUUCUGUGCCAAUUCAUUCUAAUGUAUUCAUAUCAGCAGUAAAAAAAGGGGAGAGUGGGGGAAAACGGAAUAAACCUCGUUGAUGAGUUGAUGUUUUGGGAAAUGUGACUUCAAAAAGAAGAUCUCAGAGGAUUUUGACUGGAGCUCAGUAGGACUUGCUGUGGAACAAUAUUCAGAAGAGCAUGACUGAACUACAAGGGAGGGAGCCACACAAGUUUGACCCCACAUUCAGAGGACCUGUUCACAACAGGGGCUGCACAGACGUGCUUUGCUGUGUGAUCUUUGUCAUCGUCAUCCUCGGUUACAUCGUUCUGGGAACAGUUGCUUGGAUGCAUGGGGAUCCCCGGAAAGUGGUCUACCCGACAGACAGCUAUGGGCAGUUCUGUGGGCAGCAGGGUACUCCUAAUGCAAAUAAAGCCAUAUUAUUUUACUUCAAUAUUUUACAAUGUGCCAAUCCUACAGUCCUCAUUAACCUCCAGUGCCCUACAACUCAGCUGUGUGUAUCCAAGUGCCCAGACAGAUUUGCCACAUACAUCGACAUGCAAUUAAACUAUAGACGCAAUAAGAGCUACUGGGAUUACUACAAGCAAUUCUGCAAGCCGGGCUUCAACAAUCCUGAUAAGUCGGUUUCUCAGGUGCUUCAGGAUGAAGAUUGUCCCUCAAUGAUUGUGCCAAGCAGACCAUUUCUUCAGAGGUGCUUUCCUGAUUUCAUCACCAGAAACGGGACAUUAACUGUUGCCAACAAAACAAGCUUCAAGGAUGGACACGGCAAAAUCAGAAGUGUCGUCGAUUUGAGAGAUGCAGCAAACAAAGUUACAGCUAUGCAGCAAGGAACAGAAAGUGGCAUCACCAGCCUGUUGGAUGCAAAGGAGGUGGGCGUCAAAAUCUUUGAGGAUUACGCCAGCUCGUGGUUUUGGAUCCUAAUUGGUCUGGUGAUAAGUAUGCUGGUCAGUCUGAUCUUCAUUCUUCUGCUGAGGUUCACUGCUGGCGUUCUCUUCUGGAUGGUGAUCUUUGGGGUCAUCGUGGCUGUGGGCUAUGGGAUAUGGCAUUGUUACUGGGAGUACAGUUCACUCAAGGGCAAGCCGAGCUCUGACAUCACCAUCUCAGACAUCGGAUUCCAGACUGACUUCCGGGUUUACUUGCAGCUGACUCAGACCUGGCUCAUAUUCAUGAUCUCCUUGGCUGUCAUUGAAGCUAUCACCAUCUUAGUACUGAUAUUCCUGCGGAACAGAGUUCGUAUUGCCAUUGCUCUUCUAAAGGAGGGCAGCAAGGCGAUUGGCUGCCUCAUGUCAACACUGUUCUAUCCCAUCAUCACCUUCCUGCUUCUGGCCCUUUGCAUUGCAUACUGGGCUGUUACAGCUGUUUUCCUGGCUUCAUCUGGUGACGCGGUAUAUAAAGUAAUGUCAACGCUACCUGACUGCAAGUAUAACAACCUCACCUGUGACCCAGAGACCUUCAGUCAAUCCAACGUGACUAAACAGUGUCCGGGCUCCCAGUGCACAUUUGCUUUUUACGGUGGGGAGAGUUUGUACCACCGUUACAUCUUUGUUCUUCAGCUCUGCAAUUUGCUGGUCUUCCUCUGGCUGGUGAAUUUCACCAUCGCUCUGGGUCAGUGCACCCUCGCCGGGGCGUUCGCCUCGUAUUACUGGGCCUUGAGGAAGCCAGAAGAUAUCCCACCUUCCCCCUUGGCUUCAUCCUUUGGCAGGGCUUUAAGGUAUCACACAGGCUCUCUUGCGUUUGGAGCUUUGAUUCUGUCCAUUGUACAGUUCAUCCGGAUUAUUCUGGAGUACCUCGACCACAAACUGAAAGGUGCUCACAAUGCAUUUACACGCUUCCUGCUGUGCUGCCUAAAAUGCUGUUUCUGGUGCCUAGAGCACUUCAUCAAGUUCAUGAACAGGAAUGCUUACAUUAUGAUUUCAAUAUAUGGGAAGAAUUUCUGUGCCUCUGCGCGAGAUGCUUUCUUCCUGUUAAUGAGGAACGUUAUGAGAGUUGCGGUUCUGGACAAGGUGACUGACUUCCUGCUGUUCUUGGGGAAACUGCUGAUCUCAGGGAGUGUGGGUGUCCUUGCAUUCUUUUUCUUCACCCGCCAAAUACCAGUAAUCCAGGAAGAGGUGCCGUCAUUAAAUUAUUAUUGGGUCCCUCUGCUGACUGUGAUAUUUGGAUCAUAUAUGAUUGCACACGGGUUCUUUAACGUCUAUGCCAUGUGUGUAGAUACAUUGUUCCUAUGCUUCUUGCUUGAUCUGGAGAAGAACGAUGGCUCGGCGACCCGGCCGUAUUACAUGGCCAGCAGCCUGCGUGCCAUCCUCAACAAGAAGAACAAGAGACCAGAGGAGAAAAAGAAACGCAGAAAACAAAAGAAGGAGCAACCAAACAAAAGGCACUGACAUGUAAAACACAGAUUCUGGUUAUUAUGGUAAAUGGACUUAUGUAAGCAAUAUUAAGUAUGUAGAUAGUUUUGCAUUAUAAAUCUCAUUAGAAGCCCAAAAAUAUAAAUACAAGAAUCUUUGUACUGAUCUGCAUAUUUCUGUUUAUUAUGCAUGUAAAUAUAAUUGACAGUAAGCAACUAAAUUAAUUGAGAUUAUUUCAUGUUUAUGGAUGUUGAAAUGUUUUUUUUUAUAACCAAUUCUUGUCUUUUAUAUGACCAUUUGUUAGCACCCAUGUGGGGUGAAACUGACACUUCUCUCAUAUUGAGAAAAUAACUGGUAACAUUUAUUCGCUCUUCACUAAAUGAAUUUUGCUCAACUUUUGUAAGUUUUCCAUUUGUAAUUGCAGUUCAGCUGAAGUGCCUUAUACCAACACGCAGUUAACAGCUCUUUAACCUCAACCACAUGUUGAUAUGAUUCCUUUUCUGCUGUGCAGAGCUUAUAACUCUAUUUAUUCUUUCAUUACUGCUCUUAUUCGUCCAUCCAACUGCUUUUCUCAUCAGGCCCAGUGCUCUCUAGCAGUAGGAGGUUACACUGGUUACACUCCUUUAGUGUGAUUUUUUUUUUUUGUGUCCAUUCAUACUUCAUUUUAGCCCAGGAAGGACUUGAAUUUAUCUUAAUAACACCUUGAUAUGAAUAUGUGUACAGAGUAGUGGUAGUUAUUUUAUGUGAACUAAUUUCUGCCCCUACAGUUGAAACCAGAUAUUUACAUACACUUAAAAAAACACAAAAACUUUUACUUCUUUACUGUCAUAUAUUAAAUCAGAGUAAACUUUUUCUGUUUUAGAUCAAUAAAUAUUAACAUAAUAACAAUAACUUAACAAUAACAUCAGGUUUGUAAGCCUUCUUGCUCGCACUCGACUUUUCAGUGUCGCCCACAA